AUGGCUGUGAAUGUCAAAACAGUUUUGAAGAUCCCAGAGCUGUCAGACCACAGCAGCUGUGAAGAUGAUGAUGAGAAUCAUUUCACAGAUCUGCAGCAGCCUGAUGAUAAUCUAACAGAGUCUGAUAAGCUGUUAAAUAACCUUGCUGGCAGUGCUGAAGUUAUAACAGAGCAGGAGAAAAUCAAGAAAAAUGAACAAGUGGCAAGACAAACUACUGUGUUGAAUGCUACUACAGAAAUUAAGCUUCCGAGCCGAACUAACUGUAUGAUUGGCUCUGAUGAUGGACUUUACCUGUUUCUGGGUCACACUCAUGGUAUGUCGGUCAUCAGUACAUCCACCUUCACCUGUGUGAAAACAUGGCAGGAUGAACGAGUGGAGAUCACCAGCAUCUCUUGUGCCUCUCUUGGAAAUGUCACACACCUCUUGGGCACAGUGGAUGACAUAGGUAUUGCACGGGUUUUUGUACAUCACAAGGAGAAUAUUUAUUUAAUAAAAGUCAUCAAUGAAACUGAUGAUAUAAACCAAAGAAACAUCUGUGCAAAAUUUGAAGUAUGUAGGAGUGGGGCAUUUGGAGCUGCAGUCAUGAUGUGUAAAUUUCCUAUUAAAAUAUGUACAUACAAUAAAAAUAACAUUACUGAUUCAUUAAUGCCAUCAUCAUAUAUUGUCUUUGAAGCCAAUGGAUCUGUGUGGCUGGAUCUCUAUCGCUUCCCAAAAGAAAUGUGGCUUAAAGAGCUUGAAGCCAAACAGGCCACACAAUCCCCACGGGCCACUGAAGCCAAAUUGUCUCCGGUAGUCUUACUCAUGAAGAUCAAACCUCCUGAAAUCCCUGCAGGAACCUCACUGAAAAGUCCACUUGAGGUCUUGCAGAAGACAGAAGAAGGCACUAUAAUAGGCUCAGGCCAAAAUCACCUCAUUAGUAGUCAACAAUGGGAAAGCCAAGAUCUGGCAUUUAGGAAAAUGUAUGCAAAGUACCUCUGCACCAGCUCUGCAGGACCACCACAGCCGAAAGCAGAGGGUCCCAGCAACUGUACUUGUCACUUCUUAUUUAAUGACGGUUUUCAUUCAGUGCCUGGGGAAGUGAAGGCAGCUGGAGAUAUUCCCAUUUUAUUGUGCCUGUGGUGGAACGGCAGUCGUAAUCUCCUACAAUAUCUUUUGUUGAAGGCCCCUAAAGAGAAAGAUACUGAACCCAAACCAGAUGUUUUAUGGCCCAAUGCCCAGGAAAUCCUAUGCUCUGCUGUCAGUUCCUGCACACGAUUUAUUGUUCUAGGGCUUGACAAUCAACUUGUUACUAUAUGGGACCGACGGUUUGGGUGUCCAUAUGCCAAUAUUGUGAUCCCAGUAGACAGUGCCAUAUGCAGGAUGAAGCUCCUUCUGCAAAGUGAACCAUCAGUCAAUCUUCCUCAGGGUGCCUAUUUACCAACACUACAGUUAGUGCUGACUUGCAGAAGUGGGGCAUGUUACAGUGUGUCUGCAGGAAGAGGAGGAGACACAAGCAUUGUUGCACUUAUUGAGAGAUCUGCAGACGCAAGCAGUUCUGUCACUUUUGCUGGACCUGUGCCAUUCCUGAAAUGUCUGGCUUUGUUGAUGCAAAGGAAUGGGAGAGUAUCUUUAUGGGAAAUAGAGGAUGGAGAACCAAUGUACAUCUUAAACCUGCCUCACACUCAUGUAUCUGGCUCACUCAGAGAACCUGUGUGUGUGCUUGAGCCACUCCAGCAAAAACUCUAUAUUGUUGGUGAUAGAAAAACACCCCUGGCAAAGGUGAUCAACAGGGAAGAGAAUGACAGCUCUCUCUUCGUCUUCAGCUUCUCUGAAUGUUCUUUGUUGGAUCAGCACCGAGUUGUAAGACCAGCUGUAACUGAAAAAGUAACCAAAGCAACACUCUUGGAUUUGGAGGAAGCCUGCAACCUUUACAUUAAGGAAAGAGCUGACUCGUGGAAAGAGAUGGACAGAAAAUUGGCUUACCAAUGGGAGCAGCUACUGAAGCAUGGUAUUAAAUAAAACACCCAAGACAAUGAGAAUCAGAAGCAAUCUGACAGACAGCACGUUUUCCAUUUACUAUAUUAAUAUGGAU